UGUUGUUUCUUCUUUUAUGUUUCUUUCAAUUUCCAAUUUAUCUUUUAUUAAACAAAUGUACAAGAAAAUUGAGAAUAUUCUGCACAUGCUUGUUAAACAAAUUACAGUCAGGAUAUUUUUCCUUAAAAUUGAUCAGGCGUGCUUGAAAAUAUGAUUACAAGUAAAAUCGUUUCCCCUUUUCAUUUAAAAGAUACAUGUUUUUGCAGGUGACAAUUUUUUGUUACUACGAAAAUCCGUUUUUCUAACAAUCUUAUAUACGAUUUAUUAAUGUAUGUAUAUUACUAUUACAAUAAAAUAUAGAAAUGAUAAAUUGAAUAAUUUUCAUAUUCGAACCAAUAUUGAUAAAGGCGGUAACUGAAAUUUAAAACUGCGCGCUCUUAAUGAAAUUUACAAGUGUACUUACCUAUUAUUUCACACUGUUGCAAUUGAUUCGCGUAGUACACAAAUAUGGAAUCUGAAUAAUCGACUGGGUUACCGAAGUAGAAUAACGAAUACUUUAUUCACAAAUAAAUUUAUUAUUGCUAUUUUCAACUGUACUUUUAAAUUUUUGAAGCUAUGUUUUCAGACUUACAAAUUUAAUUUUAAUCAUGACUUACAUAUGUAUAUACUACCGGUCAAAGUAUGAAACCAGAUCUCAAUGAACGAUGGAGGAAAAUACUAUUUUGCGAUAGUUUAAUAAAACUCGUACAUCAAAGUGAAACACAAAUCAUUUAUAUUCCAGUUACUGAUUUCACUAGUUUUAUUAUAUUAUUACAAAAUAAUAUCUCUUUUCAUUAAUCAUUGAGUCCUGGUCCCGUAUCUUUGAUUGACAGUGUACAUGAAAAGAUGCUGAUAUUUAAUUUGACCAAUGCGUUUAAGGUUGGAAGGGAAAAGGAACAAAUAAAAUAAAAAAUGAACAGCUGAUCAAAGGCUAUGAUUUUAAUUUUGGAAAUGAAAUUUUCAAUUUUUGAAAAAAAAGGUUCCUGUAUUGUACACCACUGUGUACUAGCAGAAAAAACCUUGGAUACAAAUAUUAACAAUUACUAUGUGGAACCAGUAUCAACGAAAUUAUUGAUUAGAACACAGUUGAAAGUUCCAAAGCUUGGAUUAAUGUUAGUAGGAUGGGGUGGAAAUAAUGGUUCUACUAUUACCGCUGCAUUACUAGCAAAUAAACUUAAACUCUCAUGGGAAACAAAAAAUGGUGUUCAGAAAGCAAACUGGUAUGGUUCUUUGAUUCAAGCAUCUACCGUUAGGCUGGGUAGAGGAAUAAAGGAAGAUGUAUUUGUACCAAUGUCUUGGAUGCUUCCAAUGGUAAAUCCAGAUGACAUUGAAAUCGACGGCUGGGAUAUUUCUGAUAUGAACUUAGCUGAUGCUAUGAAGCGUGCAAAAGUCAUAGAUAUUAAUUUGCAAAAACAAUUGGAACCUCACAUGAUAUUUAUGAAACCAAGGAAAAGUAUAUACUAUCCUGAUUUCAUUGCCGCUAAUCAAGAAAAAAGAGCAAACAAUGUUAUUCCUGGUUCAAAACUUGAACAAUUAGAGUUGAUCAGGAAUGAUAUUGCAGAAUUUAAAAAUUCAAAGAACCUUGAUCAAGUAAUUAUAUUAUGGACUGCUAAUACUGAAAGAUUUUCUGAAAUAAUACCGGGUGUAAAUGAUACAGCUUCAAACUUACUGGAAGCUAUUAACCAUAACCAUUCAGAAGUUAGUCCAAGCACAGUAUUCGCUGUUGCAGCAGCUUUAGAAGGUUGUACAUACAUAAAUGGUUCUCCUCAAAAUACUUUUGUACCUGGAGCAAUGGAAUUAGCAAAACAACAUGGAACAUUUAUCGGUGGUGAUGAUUUUAAGUCCGGACAAACAAAACUGAAGUCUGUACUUGUAGAUUUUCUGGUCUCAGCUGGUAUUAAGCCGGUAUCGAUUGUCAGCUAUAAUCAUCUUGGAAAUAAUGAUGGAUAUAAUUUAUCUGCACCACAACAAUUUAGAUCAAAGGAGAUUUCAAAGAGCAAUGUGGUGGAUGAUAUGGUACAAUCAAAUAAGAUCCUUUAUCAACCUGGAGAGAAGCCAGAUCAUUGUGUUGUUAUAAAAUAUGUUCCAUAUGUUGGUGAUAGUAAACGGGCAAUGGAUGAAUACACAUCUGAAAUACUACUUGGAGGACACAAUACAAUUGUGGUACAUAAUACGUGUGAAGACUCUUUAUUGGCUAGUCCAAUUAUUUUAGAUCUGGUUCUUCUGGCAGAAAUUUGCUCACGGAUUACUUUCAAAGUUGCAGACUCGAACGAUGAAUUUAUUGGUUUUCAUAGCGUGCUUUCUAUAUUAUCGUAUCUUUGCAAAGCACCAUUAGUUCCUCCAGGAACCCCAGUGAUAAAUGCAUUAUCUAGACAACGGGCUGCAAUUGAAAAUAUCUUAAGAGCAUGUCUUGCAUUACCUCCUGAAAAUAAUAUGUUACUUGAGCACAAAGUAAAUUUUGCAACGCCAGUAUAAAACCAGGAAAAGAGAUUGUAUCUUUAAAAGUAAGGGUAUUAUUGUUUUCAAAAAGAAGAAAAAAAA